AUGGCUGCUCAGCAAGAUUUGCUGGACCAAGGCGUGUUGAGUAAUGCCGGCCAACUGAUCCGUUUUCUAGAGAGCCAACAGCAAGAAUUACAACAUGAGCUUGCUGCUUCUGCGUUUGAGCGCCUCUACUCCGAGGCUGCGCAACCCAGGUCCGUCUCGGGCGAUGCCUGCGUGAGGCUCUGCGGGCUCGUCGAGCAGGCGUCCAAGUGCGCGUCGCCGGACCUGCGCUGCUGGGCCUUUUCUCACGAUGUCGUCCUCCGGCUCUUCAACUUCUACAUCGAGUGGAACGAGUACGACCACCACCGGUCCAUGCGGCUCGUCCUCGACCUCGUCGCCUCGCUCCUCCGCAAGAACCCGGACCCCCACGCCGCGGCGCGCAGCCGGGCGGCGCUCCUGGACGACCUCGUGUCCAUCGUCGCGCGGCGCUCGACGAAACCCGUGGCCAAGUCGGCCAUCAAGACGCUGGACCACCUGCUCGGCAAGCACGUGUUCACGCUCGACGACCUCCGCGCGAGCUACGAGGGCUGCAGGGGCGACGCGCGCGGCCGCACGCCGAUGGAGGUCUGGGGCGUGCUGGUAGAGGACUUGUUCGACUGGAUGUGCCGCCACUUUGUGUGCCCCGCGGCCGGAAAGAUGAUCGUCACCUUAUACCGGAUGCUGCGGCAAGGAAAAGCUGGCGCGGACCAGAUCCCGAGCAUUCAUCUCUGGCAUUCGUGGCUACUCGAGUUUGUCACGAAAGAGCCCUCUCUCGUAGAGCGCAUCAAGAACUACGUAUUCUUGCCUCUGUUUAAGAUCGACAGGAAGGAGGCCUUACUUUUCCUGCAAAAGAUGAACAAUGACCGGCUUGUAUCAGCAUCCGAAAAGCUUCAUGUUGAUAUACCAGCCCUGAUCCAUCUUGCGGCGCUCGAGACGGGAAAACGAGUCGGCCUUGUUGAGGAACCAGACCUAGACUCGGACAGCCAGGCCCAAACCGACGGCGGCUCUAUCGUGCUGCAAGAAGAAGUCCUCGAGAGCGUGCUUGGCCACCCCUCGCACGAGGUCCGCUCACUCGUCUUCUCCAUCCUCAUUUCCUCGCCCUCCACGACGAAACCGUACUCUCCGAGGGCGCUUCAACUUCUUCAGAAGCACCUGGGCGCCUUCUUUGCCGACCCAGAUGCUAAGUUCCGCGUCGACGUCUCGGCGCGCGCGCGAGACAUGUUCAAGCGCGUCCGCGGCGCCAUCUCCGUUCUGAAGCGUAGCAUCCCACGGGUCCGCGCCAAAGCGGCUAAGGAGAAGAAGCGGGAGGCCGCAACCGAAGCGCCGGCGCCAGCUAUGUAUAGGACCAAUCUCAUCACACUGCCCGAGGAGAGCUUGGUGCAGUGUCUGACCUACCAUGAAGAGUUCCUCAAGUGGUAUCUGGAAUUCUUGUGCGAAGAACUGGUACCGACUGCGUCUUACCAGCGCCACAUUGCAUCGCUCAAAGCACUCGGACAUAUACUCCGCAUGGAGGGCGAGAAGGGCAAAGCGUGGGAGACGGCAGAUGACCAGACGCUCUUGUUCGAUGUGUUUGACGGCAAGUGGAUUCGCGCACUGUUUGACCUCCUGAUGGACCCCUUUGAGGACGUGCGCGAGGUCACGUCCACCGUGCUCAAGUUCAUCUUUGCGGAUGCGAGGUACCGAAGAUUCUCACUGCGCGCCGCCGACGCAGAAAGCUCAACACAAGACGCCGCUGCAGAUCUCUGCGAGCUGUCCCGCCGCGCCAACGACCUCGCGCGGAGGACGGCCCGCGCGGACCACGCUGACGGCGCGGCGCGCGUGAACCAGCUCCUCUACCGGUUCCUCGACACGCCGGCCGAGCGCAUCGCGCUGCUAUCGGGCAUGAUCGAUGAGCUGGAGCGCAAGAUAGCCCUCGCGGAGGCGGACCUCGGCCGCGCGGUCCUCGAGGCGCCCGUGCACGGCGACUUUGCUUCGCUGUGCGGCAUGUGGCAAGUCGUCUCGGAGCUGCCGCUCGACGACGCGGGAAUGCACGAGGUCGUCGGGGCCCUGCAGGCGCGGCUGCUCGAGUGCUGCCGGCGCGCGUGGGUGUCGGUCAAGUACAUCCUCUGCGACGACUCGCCCGAGGGACAUCUGCCGUCGGAGCUCGAGGAGCUCGAGGGUCUCGAUACCAAGGGCCUCAUCAGCUACAGCUUUCGCUCCAUCCACGAGUCGAGCAACCUAAUGCGAAUCAUGGUGCUGGCCGUGCGGAACAAGUCGCGCAAGGGCGCGGUGACGCCCAGUAAAGACGUCUAUCUCGGCAUCGGAAGACUGACGUUUGAGCAGCUCUGCAGCCUUCGACAUCGCGGCGCCUUUACAAACGUCUCCGCCACGUUUGCGGCCUGCUGCCAGCAGAGCAAGCACCUGGAACGAGCAGACGGCGACGAAGAUAUGCUGCUGACCUGGUACCACGGCGCUAUGGAUGCCAUCAACUCCCAAGUGUCCACUACUCGCCGCUCGGCCGGCAUCCCCUCCCUUAUCACCGGCAUCCUGUCCGCCAACGCGGUCAACCCCUCCUUCGACUCGGUGAUGGAGACGCUGAUCAAGAUCGCCGGCACCGAGGCGCAGGUGACCGAGAUUGACGACACGCAGCUACCGCAGGUGCACGCCUACAACUGCCUCAAGGACAUCUUCAAGAGCUCCGUGCUCACGGCCCUCGGCAACAAGUCCGAGGCGUACCUGCCGCGGUGCCUGGAGCUCGCGGCCGGCGGCCUGCGGUCCGAGGUGUGGGCGGUGCGCAACUGCGGGCUCAUCUUCCUGCGCAGCCUGAUCGACUGCCUGUUCGGCUCGCACGAGAGCAAGCAGAUGAUCGAGGCCGGCUGGGACGGCCAGGCCAACCGCAUCCCGUACCACCGCUACCCGAACCUGCCCGAGGUGCUGCGCGGCCUGCUCCGGUCCGGCCACGGCGUCAUGGCCGUGACGUCGCCGCUGUCGGCGGCCGCGGCCGAGUCGGUGUUUCCGGCGCUGGACAUUAUUCGCCGGGCCGGGCCGCCGGCGCUGCUCCGCGACGAGAUCCAGGGCGACGUCGCGCACUACCUGUCCAGCAGCGUCUGGCACGUGAGGGAAAUGGCGGCGCGGACGCUCUGCUCCUGCUUGCUCCAUGAUCAGUGGCUGGGAACGAUAAAGCAGGUAUAUGGCCAGGCACAGAGUGCAUCCGGGGGCAUGCGGUUGAACUAUAUCCACGGCGUCCUUCUGACGCUCAAAUUUGUGUUUGAGAGACUGAGCGAAGUGUCUCUCGAUCAAUUAAAACCCGAUCUGCCUGAGCUAGUUGACUUUUUAUCAAGCUGCAAUAUCGCGACCGACUACGCCAACUGCCCAGACGUCGUCGCUGCUUUUCUCGAGGUCCUCAACCAAACAUGGGCAUUGCAGCUUGCCGAGGGCCUCCCUCUGAAACCCAGCACACCCCCGCUGUCUGAGAAGUCCAACUUGGCCCUUUUCAAGUCGCAAAAGGUCAUCAACGACGUCUUCCUAGCCCACCAGUCGUCCGACCCUAUCAGCGCCCUGCGCGACAUCAUAUUCAACCCCCACGCCGGCGUCAACACGCUCGUCACCGCCCUGGAAGCCAUACCUAAGCUCUGGAGCCCCGCAAGCACGUCCGAGCAGACGCUGCUGUCCCUCUGUCUGCUGUACUCGGACGCGGCGCUUCGCACCACGUACCUGGAGGCGCAGACCGCCGCGGUCGAGAACCUGGCCGACGUGCUCGACGCGCUGCUCCCCGGCGGCGGCGAGACGCCAGGGCUGCCGCUCGACGAGCUCGCCAGCCUCUGGGCGUGCCUGCCCCUGGGGCCGAUGAACCCGGCGCUCUCCAACGCCGCCAUCCGCGCCGGCGGCAGCAUCGUCGCCGCCCUGCGCGUCGCCGGGCGGCUCACGCCCGAAGGUCUGAGCAGCUGGGCGGUGCUGAUGGCCGAUGCCGGCCUGGACGACAAGACAUUCGACACGCGAUUCGCCGCCGCGGAGGCGUUUCGCUCGUUCUUCACCGUCGUCGGGCCGCGGUGCGAGGCACCCGAGUUCCUCCCCGUGCUGCUCGCCCUGUACGACGCGCUCAACGACGAUGACGAGGAGGUGCGCGACCUGGGCUCCGCCGCCUUCUCGCGCGUCGCCGGCGUCGCCCUCGUGCCCGUCGAGGCCGCCGAAUGGCUCCUGCGGUGGCUCGUCGCCACGUUCCGCCCGCUGCCCGCCUUCCGCGCCGCCGUCGCUACCCGCUUCGUCCGCGGCAGCGGUGCGUCCGCGGAGCAGCAGCUCGCGGAGGCGCUGCGAGUGGACGACGCGCUGUUCGCGGUCGAGGAGCAGAACCUGUUCGUGGACGAGGUGCGCGAGGCCCGGCGCUGGACGGCCGCGUUCGACGGUCUGCGGCCGUGGGGAGGGGUUGAGGACGGCGCGGCGCUGGCGGCGCUGGACGCGUGGGUGCGCGGCGGCGUCGGUGGGUUGCGGCGGGUGGUGGAGGGGAGGGAGGACGGGCCGCUGGGGUGGGCGUCGGACGCGCGGGUGUUUGCGGUGGCGACGCGGAUCGUGUACGGGUUCCUGGCGCUGGCUGGGAGCGGCGCGGCGAGCGAGGGGUUGCUGGCCGAGGUCGCGGCGUUGAAGCAGGCGGCGCGCGGCAAGGAGAAUGUCGUCUCGCGACUGCUGAUGGACGCACUGGACAAGAUCAUGUGA